AUGAGCGCCUUCAGACCAGGAGAUAUGCUCCGACUCAUCGGUCUGACUAAAAAACCACAGCUGAAUCAGUCAGUGGUGAGAUACAUUUCAUGUGUUGACGACAGAUGUAUAGUGCUCUUGGCAAACGGGACGCAUGUAAGGGUUCGACCAGAAAAUCUUGUUCUGGAGCAGCCAGGUGAUGGUCAACAGGUUGGCAGGCCAUUGUUGCAGAUGCCGCGGUUUGGCCAUCCCUGGCAAGGAAGUGCGCCAGAGCAGCGGGAAAAGAGGCGGGAGGAGAUGGCAGAGGAUUUCGUUCACGAGAUGGGGGAGCCUCUCUCUCCCGCAAGGGAGCGCUUGUUUGCAAGAUGGCAGCCAGGCCAGUCCCAAAGGUACCACGAUGCGUAUGAGGCGUGGCUGAAGUCAGGGGAGUUUGAGGUUGAGUUUAAACGAGAUGGCAAUGUUUAUUACCACCCAGAGCUGGUGAUCGGCCGGGGCGCACAUGCAACAGUUUUCCUUGGCAUUGUUCCCUCGGAUGGGCGGGAGGUUGCUGUCAAAGUGCACUCCGACUCCCAAGGCAAUGGCGGCGACCAUUUUGUGAAAGAAGUGCAAGCCAUGAAAAAGAACGCUGCAGUCCCUGGUGUUAUUCAAUACAUAACCUCGUUCGAGAAGGAGAGGAUCUUUGAAGAGCAGGGCCGCAGGAAGAGAAGGAGGGAAGAACGACUUCAAGUCGUGAUCCUCGAGCUGAUGGAGGGAACGCUGCAGCAGGCCAUGUCAAGAUGGGGAGACCUUGUCGCGGGCGAGCACAUUGAUACAAUCUGCUAUGUUUCGCGCAGUCUCCUGGAUAUCGUGAAGCAAUUGAACCCCAACAUAAUUCAUCGCGACAUCAAGCCUGACAACAUCAUGAUCGAUUGCAGGGGCAACAUCAAACUUUCAGAUUUUGGAAUCUCGCGGAUGUUGACAGCUGGUCAAGAUCGGUUGUACACUUCCGCUGAGGGCUCCAGCCUGCCUUUUACACCCCCAGAAGCUCUAAGAUCAAAGCUACACAAGACAAGUGACCUGUAUUCGGUUGGCAGGGUUAUGCUGGCCAUGAUGCUCUCAGAUGCAACCAUGAGGCGAAUGGGGGAUUCCUCACUGGAGGUCCUGGUACUUGUGAGCUGGCCUGCGCAUAGUCGAUAUGCUUUCAUCCAGCUUGUGCGUGCACUCACACAUCAAGACGAAGAGGACAGGGCGUAUCUGGACAGGCUGAAGGACCCGACAUUUUUGUACGAAGUGAUACAGUCCCAUCCAUUCUUUUGGAGUCAAAGACGCAACCUGAGUUUCUUGACAUCUUUGGGCAAUUACUACAGCAACUGUCAAAGCCGACCGCCCGAGUGGGACAGGGUUGUGUGGGCGCUGGAGAAGGCUAUAGCAAACGCCUGUGAGAAACAAGGCAUGAAUCGAGACGGCUGGAAGGCAAUUGCCUGUGAUUUGGAACAGGAUGAAUCCCGACGACGCAAGAUUGAGGGAGCAAAAUGGAACGCCGAGCUGCUCAGGUUCUUUCGCAACAAGGUUCUCCACGAGCCGGAACUCGGUCCUGGCCUUCUUCAGCGCCUCCCAGCAAUUUCGGUGUUUUGCUGGGAGGCCCUUCUGUGCGAGCUCACAACGAAGGGCUUCCCUUUUCACGAAUUUUUCGGCGUCUCCGAAGCUUGUGAGCUAUGA